UGUCUCUCUUUUGGUAACCGGCACAGUACGCGCUCACUUUGAUAGUCCGUGGCUGCCGUCUGCUCGCUAGUCGGAGGAAUGAAAACAUGGCGAGCGGAUCGUCACAUCGAAGGGUGGAGGUGGCACGAAUUCCAGAUAGUGAUUUAUUGCCGUUAUUGGAUAUACUGAAGUAUUUCAACAAUCCCAUCAACGAAGAACAAGCUUGGGCCGUGUGUUACCAAUGUGCACAAUUCUAUUUACGUGAGCAGUCUCAGCAGAAGUACCAGGAAUUAUACGAGUAUGGAUUACAGUGUGUUUGCCUCGAUCGUGACGGUGAAAUACAGAUUCGUGUUAGGGCGGGUGAUCCAAAUGGUUCUGGUAAAGGGCCACCAAAAGGGCAGUACUAUGCAAUCAGGAAAUGGCACGCCACAGAGCAUGACGCUGUACAGAUGCUUGGGAGGAUCAUCUUCGAGGCGCUGGACUACGGCAUCGGCGAGGCGGAGGAGCGACCGCUGAGCCACGGCCUGGAGACUCUUAUCGAGUGCAUGACGCGCGCCCAGGAGAGCGGCGAGAACACGGACAACGAGAGUCAGAGUGCCGACGACGAGGGCAUCGAGAAAGACGCCGAGGACGACCACCACUGCAGCUUCCGCGAGGUGGCGCGGCUGUGUACACAGCACCUGUCAAGUCGACAAGAUGCCAGCUACCACUACCGUGCUGUGUGCCGAGCUCUGAUGGCAGAAGCUGUGGAACUUCGAACAUUUCUGGAUAAGAUCUCAUCUAGUAAAGAAAGGUUACACAGUAACGAAGAUGAGGACAAGAGAUUGCUGGAGCUUGAAAGGACAGAUUGGGCCAGACUGUGGGUUCAGGUGAUGCGGUCACUGCGGCAAGGGGUGCGGCUGAAGAAGAACGAGCACGUCAGCCACCCCCCGGUGGAGUAUGAACUGACGCCCUUUGAGAUGCUGCUAGAGGAUAUCCGCUCGCGGCGCUACACGCUGCACAAAAUAAUGGUGAAUGGCGAUAUCCCGCCUAAAGUGAAGAACGACGCGCAUGCAGUCAUUCUGGACUUCAUCCGCUCCAGGCCGCCUCUACGACAGGUUAAAGACCGGAAACUGAGGUCGCUGCCGCCAAAGCCGCCGGACCCCCACGAGCAGCUCCUGCUAGACAUUCGCGCCAAACCCAAACUUCGCCCAGUCAAGGACGGCCGGCUUGUCGUAUACGAAGACAGCCUGAUAGCGGAUCUUUUUAUCUUGGAAACUUCGCGAACCAAGCUGGGCGGCGAGGACAGUCCGCCAGUCACACGCAGGGUCAUCAAGCCGGACUUCAGCCUCUUCCUGACCAGCAGCUUCGAGGAAUCAGAAGAGGACAGUGAGGUUGAGAGUCCAGAACGAACCCCUCAGCACAGGAGAGAAUUGUGGAAGUUAUCUCCUUUGAAUUCACCUGCAAAGGACAUGAAUGCCACAUGGCAUUCUGCAGCAAGCCUUAUGCACUUAGGGGGCCUUGGACAUAACGUUGGAAAUGGACUUGAUGGUCGCAAUACCCGCUUGCAGCGUCGGCACACCAUUAUGGUUUGUGAGUCACCCACAGAUCCCAAACUCCCUCAUAAAGAAUUGCCUCCUUUAGAAGAGGUGGAAGAGCCCUCACCUUCAGAGGAGCAGACUCCUCGGUUGCAGCGUGGGUCAGACUCAACCCUAUCAGGACUGCCUGACCACACAAUGCACAAUGGACUAGUGCUCUUGCGAGGGUCUCGACACCAAGGGGCAUUGUACAAAACUGAACAUCGACGUUCUCUCACGACAGGACUUACGGCCAUUCCAGAAGAUGAGGAUAAUGCAGAUUCUGGUGUUUCGUGUGAUCCUACCAGUCCAGGUGUUGCUAGUCGCAGACAUUCCAUGCCGUCAAAUUUUUGCAGUGGUUUUCCUUCCAGAGGAGGUAGCAGUGGUGGCGGUAGUGGCUUUGAUGGCAGUGUAAAACGUGUAGGAGGUGUUGGUUCAGACUGCAUGGUUGCAGAAAAGGUCAGCCUGGAGAGACGUUUCCAUAAUCACAAUAGCGGUGGUUCCCGCCUUCAUCACAAACACCUUUCAUACACUUUGGCUGCAGACAAAAGCCUUGAGGAAGAAGAGGAGGAAGGCGAGGGUACAAGCAGCGAGACGGACCUUGCACUGCUGACGGCCUCCGAGAUGAUGCAUGUAAGUUGGAAAACGCAAUGCCAGCGCAGUGCUACUAACAGCUCUGCACCCUGUCAGGACUGCCGGCCAGUGCCUAUGAGGUACCAGGGAAACAACACAACGCGAAAGGUGAAGCGGUGGCAGAACCCCAUCGAGUGCCUGAGCCUAACGUUGGAGGAGGUGACACAUAUUCGUUCAGUUCUUACCAAAGCAGAGCUGGAGUCACUUAUCUCCCACCCUGAUCUGUAUCACCAGGUGUCUAAAAGCAAGGUGUGUUUUACUUGUAAGACAACGCGCUUCACCCUUUUUGGGGAGUGGGGGACAAAGUGCAAGUUUUGCAAGCGCACCGUUUGUAGCAAAUGCAUGCGGAAGAUGCAUGUCCCUACAGAGCAUUUCAAAAAUAUCCCAGUUUACACUCUUCAGUCCCAUGCCAUUUACCAAAGAAGCUCAGGAGCUGAUACAGAACUACGUCAAAACAAGUUCCUCAACAGAUGUCUUAUCCAAAGGCCGAACAUCCUCCAAGCGCACCAAAACCUCUGUGCUGGAUCAACAGAAGGGAAAGCGACCUCUUCAGCGCUCCCAGUCAGUGAACCUUCCGAGCAAAAAUGCUUCUGUAAGUGCCCUGAGCACUGCAGCAGGUGACCAGGCUAAGAACUGUGGACCACUUAUGAGUAUCUGCUGUGACUGCAAGGGCAUGAUCAUGGAGAUUCUACGGGCCAGCAAAACUUCUCUGGCUAUGUUACAAACUUACAUCUGCUUCAUCUGUCUCACAGGUCUCAUCUGGUCU